AUGGCGCGGAGGCCGCCGACGGCGACGCAGCCUCGGAUCAAAGCAGUCGGCAGCUUCACUGUGGGGGAGGCGGAAAGGAUCCGGCAUCUAGGGUUAGGGUUUGUGCUCCGUGAUCGGAGAAGAGGAGUGGAAGAUCAAUCGCAUAAUUCUUUUGGCCAGCCAUUAGCAUCGCAAGGUGGUGUGAACACACCAUCAUCUUUUGCCUCUUAUGGUUAUGCUGGGUCAAACAAGAAAAUUGAUAUUCCUAAUGGACGGGUUGGUGUCAUUAUUGGUAAAAGUGGAGAGACAAUCAAAUAUCUUCAGGUGCAAUCUGGAGCUAGAAUUCAAGUAACUAGAGAUAUGGAUGCUGAUCCUCAUUCACAGAGUAGAACUGUAGAACUUAUUGGUACUUCUGACCAAAUUAGCAAGGCUGAGCAGUUGAUCAAUGAAGUGCUUGCUGAGGCUGAAGCUGGUGGCUCUGGCAUUAUUUCUGCGCGGAAGUUUACUAUCACAACUACUGGUGCUGAGCAUUUUUCUAUGAAAGUUCCAAACAAUAAGGUUGGUCUGAUUAUCGGCAAAGGUGGUGAGACUAUCAGAAACAUGCAAACUACUUCAGGGGCACGCAUCCAG